ACUCACUCACUCACUCACUCACUCAUUGCAUCUCACAUAAACCCCUAUUCUUUAUUAAUAUUUCAGAUCAAUCACCAACAAAAACCCUAGACACCAUCUUCUCUCUCUCUGUCUUCGUCAAUGGCGGCGAUUCUGAAGAAACCUCGCGAGGGCGAGGUGUUGGAGUCAGUCUACUCGGUGAUCGCUCUGCUGUUCAUACUGGUAGCUUGCGUCGACCUCUGCGACGCCGUUGCCGUCGUCGACGUCUACCGCCUCAUCCAGUACGAUCUCGCCGGUGUUCCCUUCGGAUCUCGUCUCGCCUCCCUCAACCACCACGCCGGCUCUUCUAUACUCACUCCCGCCGCCGAUCUUUCACGUACUGUUAUCCUGAUUCCUGUUCGUGAAAUGAACAACAUCACUCUCAUUCGAGAAUAUAUUGGACAGAGACGGCCAUUAGGGGGUUUGAUAUUUUUACUCCCUUGGAUGUUUAGUCCUGAAAACAAAGACAACAUGGAUGGGGGAGAUGAUUUUGGUAAAGAGAUGAAGAACAUAUUGGUGGAACUGGAACCGCUACUCAUACAUGCCAAUAUACCUUAUCCAGUGUAUUUUGCUUUUGAGGAUGACAAUAUCAAUGCUGUAUUAGCUGAUGUCAAGAUGAAUGAUGCUACUGGUCAGCCUGCUACUGCAACCGCUGGAGGAUACAAGCUUGUUGUCUCAGCACCUGAACCUAGGAAACUUGCAUCCCCCACAAUUACAAAUAUUCAGGGAUGGUUACCAGGAUUGAAAGCAGAUGGAGAUUCAAAUCAACUCCCCACCAUCGCCAUAGUGGCAUCAUAUGACACUUUUGGGGCAGCACCGGCUUUAUCAGUGGGAAGUGAUAGCACUGGAAGUGGCGUUGUAGUGCUUCUCGAAAUAGCUAGGUUAUUCUCACUUCUAUAUUCAAAUCCUAAGACAAGAGGAAGGUACAAUUUACUUUUUGGGCUAACAUCUGGUGGACCUUACAACUAUAAUGGAACACAUAAGUGGCUUCGAAGUUUUGAUCAACGUUUACGUGAGAGUAUUGAUUAUGCUAUCUGCUUGAAUAGUAUUGGGUCAUGGGAUAAUGAAUUGUGGAUUCAUGUGUCUAAGCCUCCAGAAAAUGCAUAUAUAAAACAAAUAUUUGAAGGUUUCUCGAACGUAGCAGAAGAUUUAGGGCUUAAAGUUGGUCUCAAGCACAAGAAAAUAAAUAUUUCUAAUCCUCGAGUAGCCUGGGAGCAUGAACAGUUCUCAAGGCUGAGAGUUACUGCUGUGACCCUUUCUGGACUGUCUGUGGCACCUGAAUUGCUUGAAAGCACUGGAGGUCUGUUUGAUAACAGGCAUUUGUUGAAUGAAGCUGCAAUUAUGAGAAGUGUGAAGUUAGUUGCAGAGAGUUUAGCGAGGCAUAUUUAUGGCCACCAGGGAAAGAACAUUAAUAUAUUUGCGGACAAUAGUACUUUGACUGUGAAUCCUUCUUACGUAGCAUCCUGGUUGGAUCUUUUGUCGCGUACUCCUCGAGUGGCACCAUUUCUCACAAAGAACGACCCAUUAAUCAUGGCAUUGAAAAAGGAAUUAGGAGAUCAUACAGUUGAUGUGAAUUUACAUCACGAGGUGCUUGAUGGGAUGUUCACGCUCUACGAUUCUACAAGCGCCAGGCUUAGUAUUUAUCAGGUUGCAAGCGUUACGUUUGACCUGCUUUUGCUACUGGUGUUGGGAUCAUACCUUAUAGUCCUCUUCAGUUUUCUUGUAAUCACAACAAGGGGUCUUGAUGAUUUGAUCAGUCUAUUCCGUCGUCCUCCCUCUCGUAAAGUAAAAGCAAUUUGACAAUUUAAGGAUUAUACAAAUGGCAAGAUGGUAGUUCAGAAAAUUGCAGGGGCCAAGUCUUGUUCUCAUACUGUGGGUCAUCGAAUGUAAGCUUAUAUUUGGAUCUCACGCACACCUUUAGAUGAGUUCAUUGAUGGUUUCUUAUCUUGUGUAGGUUUAGAAUUUUGUUCUCAGGAGGCGUAUUGUUUUACGCUGUGUUUGGUUAGAGGAUUUGAGGAGGGAUUUGGAAAGGAAAAGGGAAAAGUUAGGUGAAAUGUGAAUAAAAUAUACCUAUAUUUCACCUAGUUUCACACACCUUUUCCCUUUUCUUUUUCAAAUCUCUCCCUAAAUCUCCCAACCAAACACAACAUUAGUGUUUGACCUGAGGAUGAUGUUCCGUUAUUUUUAUUUUGCUAGAGUGAUCACAAUUGCUGCCCAGAAAAUUUUGUUACAUCAUUAAGCAAUGUAAUCUUGUUGCCGGUUACUAUUUAGGUAGCACGUUAAUGGUUGUUACGUUGAUGUUUGUUUUCUUGUGUGUUGCGCAUGUAUGUAAGCAUUCUUACAUGUGCAUCUUUGUGUGUUUUGGACUUUGAGAGGGAUCUCUGUUGGCCUGUACUUUUUGGUAGAUUAGUGGCUAACUAAUGGAAAAAGUUUUGGCAGAGUUCUUUUAUUA